AUGGCUUUUAAAUUCAAUUUUCUCCUUUCUGCUACUCUUUUGAUUGUAGUAAUUGCUUUCACCUUCUGUCAUGUUUCUGCGGUAAAUAAUGAUCGAAAGUUAUUGAAUUCAUUCCCUUCAAAUGGUGAUUGGCAGUCGAUAAAAGAUAUAGAUGAUCCUAAAGUGAUGGACAUUGCAAAAUUUGCGGUAAAUGUGGAAAAUAGCCAAUUACUGGUUAAAUUGGAAUUUCUGAGUAUAUCUGAUGGAAGAUUUAAAGUUGAUAAUAAUGGCAUCACUUAUGAACUGUCAAUUCUGGCAUCAGAAUUCGAAGAACCAAUCGAGUUAGAAGUGGUUGUUUUCGAAAAUUCUAAGGACAAUGCUAAAAAAGUUAUUUCAGUCGAUGACUUUUAG